AUGGAAACGCUCAACCACCGGCCGCCGCAUGCUGGAGCAGUGGUCCAGCACCGCCUUGGCCAUGCAGCUCGGCUCUCCCAGCCCAGCCACCAGCCUCGGUCGCCGAUUCCGCUGCUGCCGAACGAACUCUACAUCAUCAUCUUCUCGUUCAUGUCGCCUGCCCAGCUCCGCAAGUGCAUGCAGUGCUCCAAGGCCUUCCAUGCUCUCGCCUUCUAUGUGUAUUCGGCCCACAUCUACCCCCUCAAAGUCUCCGACAUCUUGGUGUCGCAUGCCCGAAGCACGGCCGCCGGCCUGGGCACCAUCGCCGUCUUUGCCCGGGUCUGCUCCGUCGAUGCCAAGAUGGCCAAGAUUGAAUUUUUGGAAAAGAAGCUAGUGGACUCGGCCACCCAUGCAGGCGUCCUCUGCCAGAAAGAGUCUCCCGAUCCCGCAAAGAUCCUCAAGACCGACCUGGGCAAGCGAGUCUGGGUGCGUCGAGAUACCAAGGGCGCUGCCUUCCAGGUGCGGGCUACAGGCUUUGAAUUCUACGGACAUCCAAUGAAACUGGGCUCCUGCAUCACCUUCAGACUCUGGGACGGACACCCGGUCGAGACCCACAUCCUGCGUUACAAGAACGCAUAA